AUGCCAGAAUCUGCUGAUAAUCAGAAGCCGACUUUAGUAUCGAUGGAAGAGUCGUCAUGUGUGGAUUUGAGUGAAGUUGAUCUCAUAUGUGCUGACAUGGAUGGCACUUUAGUAUCUCCAUUUCAUACCAUACCGGACGUCCGGUGGUUCCGGCUACAGGGAGAUGCCGAGCUUCAACUAGCAGACUGUUUGGGCGAUCUGGCAUUGAUUUGUAAGAGAUAUUCUCGUCCAGGAAUUUACCUCAACGGUUCCGUUAUCUAUGACCAUACAGGAGCAGUGGCUGCUGAAAAGAAACAUGAUAUUGCUGAUGUUUGGCGAUCCGAUACCGGAGGAGUGUGGAUCGUAUGA